UGGAUGACUACAGCUCAGAGUCUGAUGUGAUUAUUAUACCUUCAGCCCUGGACUUUGUCUCACAAGAUGAAAUGUUGACGCCAUUGGGAAGGUUGGACAAGUAUGCUGCAAGUGAGAACAUAUUUAACAGACAAAUGGUGGCCCGGAGUUUGCUGGAUACCUUGAGGGAAGUCAGCGAUGAUGAGAGAGAUUGUAUUGCUGUUUUGGAAAGAAUUAGCAGAUUAGCUGAUGAUUCAGAACCAACUGUGAGAGCGGAGCUGAUGGAACAGGUGCCUCAUAUUGCAUUGUUUUGUCAAGAAAACCGACCUUCAAUCCCAUAUGCUUUUUCCAAAUAUUUACUCCCUAUUGUGGUUAGAUAUCUCGCAGACCAGAAUAAUCAGGUGAGAAAAACAAGUCAGGCAGCUUUGCUAGCUUUGUUGGAGCAGGAGCUAAUUGAGCGAUUUGAUGUGGAGACCAAAGUUUGCCCAGUCCUCAUAGAACUAACUGCUCCAGAUAGCAAUGAUGAUGUGAAGACAGAAGCUGUGGCUAUAAUGUGCAAAAUGGCUCCUAUGGUUGGGAAGGACAUUACCGAGCGUCUUAUUCUCCCACGGUUUUGCGAGAUGUGCUGUGAUUGUAGAAUGUUUCAUGUUCGAAAGGUCUGUGCUGCCAAUUUUGGAGAUAUUUGCAGUGUAGUUGGCCAGCAAGCUACUGAGGAAAUGUUGCUGCCCAGGUUUUUCCAGCUUUGUUCUGAUAACGUAUGGGGAGUUCGGAAGGCCUGUGCUGAGUGCUUCAUGGCAGUUUCAUGUGCAACAUGUCAAGAAAUCCGACGGACUAAAUUGUCAGCACUAUUUAUUAAUCUGAUCAGUGAUCCCUCACGUUGGGUUCGCCAGGCAGCUUUUCAGUCUCUGGGACCUUUCAUAUCUACUUUUGCUAAUCCAUCUAGCUCAGGCCAAUAUUUCAAAGAAGAAAGCAGAAGCUCAGAAGAUAAUUUGUCAGUAGAAGGCAAAAAUAGAAUCAGUGAUGGAGAAGUCCUAGAGGAUGCACAGACCUGCCCAGGAACUACACAUUCAGAUCUAAGUGUCAGCAAUUCCAGUGUCAAACUGCAAAACACAAUGGAGGAGCAUAAUGAAACCACUAGGAGGUCUCCAGGUGAAAUACAUGUUCCUGUGGACAGCUCCUUACUUUGUAGUUUGUCCUCAGAACCUCCUCAGGACGGAGCUAGUAAUGUGAAUGAUAAAAAGCCUGGUAGCCACAAAUCUCUACUGCGGCCAGAGGUGGACACCAAUUCACAAGAUUCCACUCUCUCAGAUCAGGAAUUGUACAACUCCUUCCAUUUCUGGAGGACUCCUCUUCCUGAAAUAGAUAUAGACAUAGAGCUUGAACAGGACUCUGGGGAUAAACUUGGCCCAGAAAGAUCAGAAGAAACUCCUGAAGUUACCAUGCCAUGUUCUCCAAAUAUUACCAUGGCCACCAGAAAGGAACUUGAAGAAAUGAUAGAAAAUCUAGAGCCCCAUAUUGAUGAUCCAGAUGUUAAAGCACAAGUGGAAGUGCUGUCUGCAGCACUGCGCGCCUCUCGUCUGGAUGCUCACGAGGACACUGUUGGUAUAGAGAAGAGAGGUGAUCUGCAAGAUGAACUGGGUAUAAAUGAGCUACCAAAUAUUAAAGUAAAUCAAGAUGAUUCUGUGCCUUUAAUCAGCGAUGCCGUCGAGAAUAUGGACCCCACUCUUCGCUAUAUUCAUAAUGAUUCAGACCUGAGCACCAAUGGUAAUUUUAGCCCUGAUGAGGAAAGGAAAUCUAAAGUACAAGAUGUUGUACCUCAGGCUUUACUAGAUCAGUAUUUAUCUAUGACUGAUCCCUCUCGUGCACAGACAGUUGACACUGAAAUUGCUAAGCACUGUGCUUAUAGCCUUCCUGGUGUGGCCCUCACGCUGGGCCGGCAGAAUUGGCACUGUCUGAGAGAGACUUAUGAGACUCUGGCUUCAGACAUGCAGUGGAAAGUUCGUAGAACUUUAGCGUUCUCCAUCCAUGAACUUGCGAUUAUUCUUGGAGAUCAGCUUACAGCUGCAGAUCUGGUUCCAAUUUUUAAUGGAUUUUUAAAAGACCUUGAUGAAGUUAGGAUAGGUGUCCUGAAACAUUUGCAUGAUUUUCUGAAGCUUCUUCAUAUUGAUAAAAGAAGAGAAUAUCUUUACCAGCUUCAAGAGUUUUUGGUGACAGAUAAUAGUAGAAAUUGGCGCUUUCGAGCUGAACUGGCUGAACAGCUGAUUUUACUUCUAGAAUUAUACAGCCCCAGAGAUGUGUAUGACUACUUACGUCCCAUUGCUCUAAAUCUCUGUGCAGAUAAAGUUUCUUCUGUUCGUUGGAUUUCCUACAAGUUGGUUAGUGAGAUGGUGAAGAAACUGUACAUGAUGACACCCCCAACAUUUGGAGUCGACCUCAUAAAUGAGCUGGUAGAAAAUUUUGGUCGAUGUCCCAAAUGGUCUGGUCGACAAGCCUUUGUCUUUGUCUGCCAGACGGUCAUUGAAGAUGAUUGUCUUCCCAUGGACCAGUUUGCUGUGCAUCUGAUGCCACAUUUGCUCACCUUAGCAAAUGACAGGGUCCCAAAUGUCAGAGUGCUGCUUGCAAAAACAUUGCGACAAAGUCUGUUAGAAAAAGAAUAUUUCUUAAAUUCAGCCAGCUGUCAUCAGGAAGCUGUGGAACAAACAAUUAUGGCUCUUCAGAUGGAUCGUGACAGUGAUGUGAAAUACUUUGCAAGCAUUCAUCCUGCCAACACCAGAAUUGCUGAAGAUGCCAUGAGCACAGCUUCUUCUACUUACUAGAAAGCUUGACUCUCAAUGUCUCUCCUGCUUACUAGAGAGCCGGGUUCUACAAGCGCUUCUCACAUGUAUGAUCUGGGGCAGCCUUUCAUGAAGGAGGAAAGACCUUCCUCUCUUACCAGACCUAAUUGCAGGUGAAAGUCACCUACACCUGAUACCAGGGAUUUUAAGAGUCAAGAGAAAGUACAACAAACACUAUUAAUCUCAUCUUGACUUUAGGGAAAAUAAUUUCUCAGAGGAUUAUAAUUGUCACCGAAGCCUUAAAUCCUUCCGUCUUCCUAACUGAGUGAAACUUGAAUUGGCAGAGCAUUUUCAUUUUGGAAGGGAUGAGAUCCCCAGAAAUCUGCAUUUCUCCUGGCUUUAUCUAACGACCUAUAAAUGGAGUGUUUUUAGGGCCAAAAGGCAGAGGGGAGCCGGGAUGUGAGAGACCUGCAGUAUCUGCUCUAAAUGCUUUACCAGGCAAGGACAUGUUUGGGUUCUGUGGCCUGCUGCCCAGCCCAUCCCUACGUGUGAAUAGUUUUUGAUGUGUGUAAAUGGGAAGAGGAGAUUUUGUUUGAUUUCUCCUAAGGGCUUGAUGCUAACACUAAAGUAGAAUCUGAUUUUAACUCUUAAAUGCAGCAUAUUGCUGUACACAUUUACAUAACUAUGUACGUCCUGAUGUUUUUUGUUUUUUGUUUUUUCAUGCUGGUCAUGAUCUGAAGGAAAUUUAUUAGCACGUAUACUGUAUGUCAGGUAUUUUUAACUUCAUCAUGAUCAGCUCUGAGGUGCAGCUUUUUCUUCACAUACUGUACAUAUCUGUGACCACUCUUGGGAGUGCUGCAGUCUUUAAUCAUGCUGUUUAAAACUGUUGUGGCACAAGUUCUCUUACUUGUCCAAAUAAAAUUUAUUAAUAAGAUCUAUAUGGAAAGAUAUAUACACUUUUGAUUGUUUUCUAGAUGUCUGCGAAUAAAUGCAAUUUGUGACCUGUAUUAAUGAUUUAGUAUAAAAUGGGGAAAACAAAUUAAAAUAUUUGUCCUUUAA